AUGGAACGGAGACGGCGAUGGAAUUCCAGGAGACGAGCGCUCGUAGUGGCUGUAGCGGUUGCCGUCGCGGUGUGCUCGACGGACGUCGUGACGGCCGAGCAGGCCUUUGACUACCGACAACUCGAGGCAAAUGUUCGUCUAGCAGAUUCCAGCGAGAGCGCCAGCACCGACACGAGUGUCGGGACUUCUAGUGGUAAUUCAGACGCAGAUUCAGACUCCAGUCCGACGGCGACGACGGCGACGCCCAGCGCUACGACUAAAACACCAGAGACCGACGCUCCCAAUGCGCCGAGUUCAGGCAACAGUGACAGCACUAGUUCAGGAACGACAGAAACCACAACGCCGGCGACGACAGCGCCGACGUCACAGAGUGAGAGUAGCGCAUCAAACCCAGGUACAGCAACGCAGAUGCCGGAGUCGACGACACAGGGUCCGAAUCUCCAGCCACACGCCGAGCUCAACAACACAGGCACCGGAGUCAACGACACAGGCGCCAUGGACGAAUGCGCCUACGUCGGAUGCGCCUUCUUCGAGUUCUAG